AUGGCCGUCACAGCCAAUGGAACGGCCGGUAAAGCACAUACAAAGGCUGAAACCGAGUUCGAUCAGCGAGACUUUGACCCCACAGAGGUAGCAUACGUCCCGACCACGGGAGUCCGCAAGCUGUUCGAAAUACCGCUUGUCCUAGCUACGCCCGAGACCGUCAAGGGCUACGGAGAGAUUGUCGAUGUGCCCGAAACACACCGCAUUGAGAUCGUACGUUGGCCGGCUCAGGGAUGGCGGCCAGUGGAUGCGAACUCGGGCGACCAGGGGGGAGUGACCGAGGGACUCUUUGAAUUCUGGUGGAAAGGCGACACGCUUUACGCACGCAACAAUGCUGUGGGGGACAGCUAUCUUUUUGCCUGGAGUCAAUAUCCUGAAGAGGCCGCGACCACCGGCCCUGCUCGACCCCGUGAAAGAGUGAUGAUUUGGCGAGCGAAUUACCACCCCGACGGCGGUCAGUUGUUUUUCCCCAUAGACGGACAGAGUUUCGUGGUCCCGCUCGCCCUGCCAGGGGACGAUAUAACGCCGGAGAAGUUUGUCGCGUUCCGCUGUGACGGUGGCAAGGGACUAUACAUCCAUCCAAACAUUUGGCAUGGCGCCGUGGUACCUCUUGACGACCAUGCACGUUUCAUUGAUCGACAAGGACGUGUGCAUGCGCGCGUGUCCGUGGAUUUCGCAAAGGAAUUUGGAGGAUAUCUGUCUGUGCCGCUGCGGUCUUGA